GUCAUCUAAGCACGGUAUUUUUAUAUUGAUAAAAACAAAACCCUCCUCCUCCUCCUCUCUCUCUCUCUCUCUCUCUCAAAGAAGGAAGAGAGGAGGUUAACUUCGCUUGAAAUUCCAAAGCUUUCCUGAAACCUCUCUAGCUUCUCCUUUUCAUUCUAUCUCGUACAAAAGCACAAUUGUAUAGUUUGAUAGAUGAAUUUCUCAAUUUCGGAGCUAUUUUGAAGCAAAUCAAAGAUCUGAGCGACCAUGUCCUACGCUUACCUCUUCAAGUACAUUAUCAUAGGAGAUACCGGAGUAGGAAAAUCAUGUAUUCUUCUGCAGUUCACUGACAAACGGUUUCAGCCCGUGCACGACUUAACCAUCGGUGUUGAAUUUGGGGCCAGAAUGAUCACAAUUGAUAACAAACCAAUAAAGCUGCAAAUAUGGGACACGGCGGGUCAAGAAUCAUUCAGGUCUAUUACGAGGUCCUACUACAGAGGUGCUGCUGGUGCACUGUUAGUUUAUGAUAUCACUAGGAGGGAAACUUUUAAUCACCUUGUUAGCUGGUUGGAGGAUGCAAGGCAACAUGCAAAUGCCAACAUGACUAUUAUGCUUAUUGGCAACAAGUGCGAUCUUGCUCACAGAAGGGCCGUAAGCACAGAGGAAGGAGAGCAGUUUGCCAAGGAACACGGUUUAAUAUUCAUGGAGGCAUCUGCAAAAACUGCUCAGAAUGUUGAGGAGGCAUUUAUAAACACAGCUUCAACAAUCUAUAAGAAAAUUCAGGAUGGAGUUUUUGACGUAUCAAACGAGUCUUACGGGAUAAAAGUUGGAUAUGGGGGCAUCCCAGGGCCAGCAGGAGGUAGAGAUGGGUCUGCUUCUCAAGCAGGGGGUUGUUGCAGUUGAAAGUGGAACUCAUUUUCUAAAUCAAUCACAUUUUUAAGCUUUCUUUACUUGUGCUACUUUAGGCUUUUUUGAUAUUCUCUGUCCUUUGAAGCGAAUCAUCAGUUUAUUUUUUGAUUGUUGAAAUUUAUCAAAUAUGUGGGGGAAAAAAAAAAGACCAUAUUAAUUAAUAGAAAUUACUAAUUGUUCAA